GGAAAGCACCUUGCAGAACCCUGUCAGUGAGCCAACUGGGGCUUCCACAUCGUCAGACUUAGGCAUUCAACUGGAAACUUCGCGAUACUACCAAAUAAUUCGUCAGCUGCGCGCGCCGGAGGAAGCAGGUCGUGCUGGUCAAAAAGUUCUCGCAGUGAUUCUUGACUUGCACCUGCAGCCUACGAGGCUGCUUUGUUACGUCAAAUCAAAUGUGCUAUGUGCCUGGGCAUCCUCGAAUAACGGAACAACCGUCGUGGAUGACCACCGGCCAGCGAUGUUGAAGGGCUAGUCUCCAACGUCGCCUGACCAGCGAGCGACCUUCUUGCUGAAGAGAAUCUGAGAGCUAAUGGCACGCACAAAGCUUAAGGUUCAGCAACAUGCGGCAGCAAAGCGCCAGGGUGCAGAGACGAGCGCUGGAGGUCAGCCUUCCACAGUGCAACCGCAGCCCACGACACCAGCAUCCGAGCCUACCGCGGCACCCCGGCGCGGCCGGCCCCGCAAAGAUGCAAAGGCGGAGCCGGAUGAUCCGAAAGCCCCGGAGUCGGCUGCAUCUGGUCAGCGCGGCGCCCGCGCGGGCGCAAAGGCGCAGCGCAGCAGUCGUGCAGCGGAGGAGCGGGCGCCUGGGCUAGAACUGCUGGGCCUAGUUAGCGAGGCAUUAGAUGCAACUGUCGCGGAGGCUCCGGCGCCAAACAGAACCAGGCAGCAGCAGGGAACUCAUUCGGCGGCCGCAGCCGCAGAGUUCAGGCCGGCGCGUCGCGCCGCCGGUAAGCGCGGCCGACCCGGCGAGGAUGCAGAGUCCGUCAAAGCCUCCGCCGGUGCCGGCGGCGCAAAAGCAGGGGCCGAGAGGGCAGCAGCGACGAAGGCAGCCGCGGCAGCAUCGGUGACCGUGUCAGGUCUGGAUGCGUUGCUGGGUAUCGGCAGCGGCGCUGCGGCCAGCACGGCUGCGGCCGGCAGCGGCGUCGUGCGGCUUGGGGGGCUGACCAAGGGCAACCUGGGAUUCCGUGGAUCGGCGGCGGCAGCCGCGCCCUCACCUACAUCCGCGGCCAAGCUAGCAGCAGCAGCAGCAGCCAUCACCACCACAACCGCCACCGCCUCUAUGUCCAAGGACGCGGUUGAGCCUCCCGAGCCGGUAAAGGCUUGGAGCGGCAGUAGAGGCCGAGGCGGAGGCGGAGGCGGAGGCCGAGGCGGAGGCAGGGAGCGGAAGAAGGUGGCUUCACCCUUGAUGGAGUCCAAGGUGGAAGCGGCCGACGUGGCCCCGGCGGGUGUAGUGGAGCACGAGCGCCUGCCAGCAGCCAAGCGGCAGAGGAAGGGCGCGGAGGCGAAGCCCGCACUUGAGACCGCGAAGCGUGCGAGCGCGGUCAAGCGGGGGGAUGAGAAGGUUGAGGAUGACACAGGGGCUGGCGUGCAGGCGGUGGCGGCGGCGCUCCCGGCAGGAAAGGCCGACAAGGCCGGAAAGCGCCGCAAGGGCGAUACCGCAACCGCUGCAGCGGACGCAGUGGCACGCGCGAGUGUGAGUGUCGCCGGCGCUAAGCAAGAUCUGCCCACGCGGAAAGGCGUCCCAGCAGCGGAGGCGGAGGCGGGGCCGGCGGCAGCCACGGAGCCGGGGGCAGACACGGACGCAAGGCCGGAGCCGGGGGCUGGCGCACAGCCCGAAGCAGCCAGUAGUGCUGCGCCGGCGCCGGCGACUGCAGUCGAGGCGGCAGCAGCACUAGCUGCUCCUGCAGCGGGCCCGGGACCCUCCGAGACUGCCGCUGCCGCUGCCGCCACUGCUGGCGCUGGCACUGGCGCUGGCGCUGGCGCUGGCGCUGGCGCUGGUGCUGGUGGCGGUGGUGCUGGCGCGGGUGCAGCGGAUGCAGAAGACGGGGUGGUCGAGGAAGUGGAGCUGGAGGAUCCGGAGGACGGAGGCGCCCAGCCGGGCGCUGCGAAGCGGCGCAAGGUCACCUUUGCACCCAACGCGCAAGCCACAGACGGCGCGGGUGGGCUCAUACGGUUCCGGCCAAUACCGGGGCGUGGAGGCCGUGGAGGGGGAGCAGCAGCGCCGGGGCGGGGCAGCCCCGGCUCAGGGCGCGGGCAAGGCGCCACCGGAGGCGCAGGGGGCAGCUCUGAAGCGGCGGCAGCGGCAGGCGCCAGGGGCGCAGCCGACGCAGGUGCAGGCGAGGCGGGUGCUCGCUCGCCGCAAGGCGCGCGGACAGCCGCAGCGGGGAGGGGCGGGGGCGCAGCAGCGGCUGAGGAGGAGCAGGAGGAGGCAGAGGCAGACGACGGGCGGGACCCGGCCCGGCCGCUAGCCUGGGGCCCGAGCGCGCGCAAGCUGCACUGGACGGAGGAACGGCUGACGUACUUAUACGACUGCGUCAGAGCCAACGUGGAGUCGGGGGCGAAGCCGGACUGGGAGGCCAUGCUGACUAAGAUGGGCUGGCACGCCUUCACCGACCGCACCUUUGCGCUCACGAAGCUGCGCAACCGCUACAACGAAUAUCGGCGCGAGGUGGAGGCGGGCGGCACCGCUCGAGAGCCGCGAGUGGCGCCCCGGGUGCGUCCGGCCGUCGCCCGAAAGCCGUACCCCUACCCGCUGCAGUUCAAGGUCCGGGAGGUGCUGUCACUCCUACCGGGGCAGAAGGGCACGCUGAAGCAGGUGUGGGUGGCCAUCGCUGCCGACCCGCUGUUCAGACCGGCACUGGACCACCACCCCCAGCGACAGCCGGGAGCCAUGCUGUGGCAGAAGCAGGUGAGCCGUGUGCUCAACAGCGGCUCCACCUACGGCUUCGUAGACACGGGCGAGCGGCGGCAGGGCCUGAUCGUGUAUGCUUACGACCCAGACCGGGACUUCACCAAGGGCCGGGGUGUGCAGCACUACAUAAAGCAUCAGAAGCACCCCGCCAUCACCGCGGCCGGCGCCGGCACCGCCACCUCCGCCACCGCCGCCGGCGCCGCUGCGGCCGCGGCCCUGGUCGCCGUCCCGGCCGCAGCCCCCGCUGCGGCGGGCGCAGCCGCUUCCGGCGCGGGCGCCAUGGUCGCGCCUCAGCAGUCCGAGCAGCAACAGGAGCUGCCGCCGGGGCUGCAAAACCCACAGGCCGGGGCGGAGCCGGUGAACCUGGAGGAGGUGCGGGAGCGAUGGAAUAUUGUCAUGCGCGACUGCCGCGGAUACCGUCGGCGGCGGGGCAAGCCGGCGGCUCUGGAAGCAGCAGGUGGCGGCGCGGGAGGGCAAGUGGAGGAGGAGCAGGGCGGCAUGGGUGAGGGCACGGGCGCCGCCACUGAGAGCCAGGACGACGAGGAGGAGCAGGAGCACGACGCGACCGAAACGGAAACAGAGGAUGUGGAGCGGGAGCCGCGGGCACGGACGAAGAGCAAAGGCAGCGGCGUUCGUGCGAGGCAGCGGGCAGGCAGCAAGGCAGGUGGUAUCGGUGGAAAGGCGGGCGGGCAGCAGCGUGCUGCACCGAACAGCCGCAAGCGGGAGCACCUGGGUGCGCCGCGGCGGCGGGAGGAUUGCGGCAGGGCGGGUGAGGCGGCGCUUGCGGCGGCCGCGGCGGCGGCUGCGUUGGCCGCGCUGGAGAGCGGGUCGGCGGAGCUGUCAGAGCAGGAGCUGGUGGCUGCGGCCAUGUCGAUGGCGGGAGCUGUAUAUUAACGGUUGGCUUGUGGUUGCGGCGAUUAUUUGUCACGGAAGUUGAACGGACGUGUAACGUUUGGGAGCCGCUGGUCGUCAGCCAAGGGGUGGCUUAACAGUUAAGGCCGGUACUGGCGUUGUGCGAUUCUGGUGAUGAGCAGGAGCGUAGGUAACUUACACGAUGUGUAUUUAUUUAAUUGCGUACGAGGAUGGAGCGUCCGCCGCGGGUUCUAACGGCCGGUGUAUGGAUGUGAGCGAGGGGCGUGUCAAGUUGAUGGGCGCUUCUUCCACGGUGGAUCUACAAUGUAAACUGGUGAAUGCUUUUUAACUUGUAUACA